UGAGGUUGGAAGGAUGCAGCCAUCCUGUUGUUAUGAAAGGAUUAUGUGCAGAAUGUGGACAGGAUUUAACACAACUACAAAGCAAGAAUGGAAAACAGAAUACACCAGUAUCCACGGCAACUGUAUCAAUGGUUCAUAGCGUCCCAGAACUGAUGGUUAGUUCUGAGCAAGCAGAACAGUUAGGAAGAGAAGACCAAAAUCGACUGCGCCGAAAUCGAAAACUAGUGCUAAUGGUGGACUUGGACCAGACAUUAAUUCAUACCACAGAGCAGCACUGCCAACAGAUGUCUAACAAAGGAAUAUUUCACUUCCAGUUAGGACGAGGAGAACCUAUGCUGCAUACUCGGUUGCGUCCUCAUUCCAAGGAGUUUCUAGAAAAGAUUGCUAAGCUGUAUGAAUUACAUGUGUUCACCUUUGGUAGCAGACUUUAUGCACAUACUAUUGCAGGGUUCUUGGAUCCUGAAAAGAAGCUUUUUUCUCAUCGAAUAUUGUCAAGGGACGAAUGUAUUGAUCCAUACUCUAAAACUGGGAACCUUAGAAACUUAUUCCCUUGUGGGGAUUCCAUGGUUUGCAUUAUUGAUGACCGAGAAGAUGUCUGGAAAUUUGCACCUAAUUUGAUAACUGUGAAGAAAUAUGUAUACUUUCAGGGCACAGGAGAUAUUAAUGCACCACCUGGAUCAAAGGAAGCGCAAAUGAGAAAGAAAGCGAAUCAUUCCUCAAAGAUAACUGAAGCAUCUGACGCAACAGUAGUAAUGAGAGAUUCUGAAGAAGUAAAGAAUAUUGAAAAUGCAGAAGAACAAAGUAAUGGUAUUAGAAAGUCGACAAAGGAAGUCAAUGGCAAUAACUCUGUCAACAAUGAGCCGACAUCCUGGGACUUAAAUUUUAAUGAUAAAGUUAAAGAAAAAGACUCCUUAGGGGAUCUUGGUCACGUUACUGACACAAAUGAACUCAUAAGUGCCAAGGAAUCUCAUGAGUCUUCAGAAAAUGAUAGGGCAGUUGUGGGCAAGCAAGAGAUUCAAGAUAACGCAAAAACCUGCUUGGACUUUGAAUUGUCUAGCGAUAGUGAAAGUGACAGUGGGUUGGAUGCUAGGAAGUCAUCCUCCUCUUCUGCCUCCGAUAGUGAAAAUGAAGGGAAAAGAAGCUGGAGAAAAUCAAAGAAAUCUGUACAGGAAGAAAGUACAUUUCUGCUGGGAACUGAUACAAAUGUAGAAAAGGAUGGGCAGUCUAAUCAUUCUGGAGACUCAACGUCCUCUGCUAACAAUCCCCAUCCCAAGGCAUUUGAUCUAGAAGUACAUGAAGAGAGUGAACAAGAUAGUCUUUGUAGUCUAGGAAAUGGAUGUGUUGACAAGAAGGAGGCAGAGACGGAGUCACAGAAUAGUGAACAAUCAGGGAUAACCGUGGGAGAAUCUUUAGAUCAGAGCAUGGAGGAAGAGGAAGAAGACGAUACAGAUGAUGAUGAUCACCUAAUAUAUCUUGAAGAGAUUCUUGUUCGAGUACAUACGGAUUAUUACUCAAAGUAUGACAAAUACAUAGCAAAGGAAAUUGAUGAUGUUCCAGAUAUAAGAACAAUUGUACCAGAACUGAAACAGAAAGUAUUAUCAGGUGUUACUGUGUUGUUUAGUGGACUGUAUCCUACAAACUUUCCCAUAGAAAAAACACGUGAGCAUUAUCAUGCCAUUGCCCUUGGAGCCAACAUUGCAAAAAGCCUAGUACUGAAUGAUGAUGAUCCCAAUAAGCCAACCCACCUUAUUGCGGCUAGAGCUGGCACAGAAAAGGUCAGGCAAGCCCAGAACUGUAAAAAUCUCCAUAUUGUAAAUCCAGACUGGUUGUGGAGCUGCUUGGAGCGUUGGGACAAAGUAGAAGAACAGCUCUUUCCUUUGAAGGAUGAUUACCUGAAAACACAAAGAGAAGACAGUCCUGCCAUGUUUCCAGACAUUCAUGGUGCUUUCCAGACUGCUCUUUUUCAUCCAACUCCCAUCCAUCCAAAGUGUCAGCCUGGUCCUGAAGUUCGACUUUAUGAUCCCAACACUGGAAAACUAAUUCGGAAAGGAUCUCAGAGCUCCAGUCAGUCUCUCUAUAUUCAGCCACCAGCUCCUCCCCUCACGCUACCUGUCCAUGGGGAACAUUCCUCUUUCAGAGUUGUUCAGCCACAUGAGCAGCAGCUUUUUGAUGAAGAGGAGAUGCCAGUGAGUGAGAAUGAAGAAGCUGGUCCAUCUAAACGGAAACGCCAGCCAAGUAUGUCUGAGACAAUGCCACUGUAUACUCUAUGUAAAGAGGAUUUAGAAAGUAUGGAUAAAGAGGUUGAUGACAUAUUAGGAGAAGGUAGUGAUGAUAGUGACAGUGAAAAAAAUAAAGCAGGAGAACGAAAGAAAACUCCGAGUGGUGCAGAAGAGACACUAAAUAUGACGAUAGAAGACAGCCCUAUAUCAGCAACAUCAAGUGAGAGAAGUUUGACAGGUAGUGUGCCCAGGGGCCACAAACGAAAGCUGGAUGAAGAUGAUGCCGCCAGUGAAUCAAGCAAAGGGUCCAGCAUUGAAGAUGAGGAGGGCAGCAGUUCAGAGGCAGAUGAAAUGGCAGCAGCACUGGAAGCUGAACUGAAUGACUUUAUGUGACUUACAUGUGCAAGGGAGUUUGUAAUUACGUCUUUCUUUCUGUAACCAGUCAGAAUUCCAAUAGGCCCCAUGUCAGUACUCACCGAGGGCAGUCCCUCCCUCAAAAAUAUGGUGUAUAUUUUACAAAGUGACAUAGGAGGAGGUGAUGCAUUAUUUUACAAAACUGAAAUAGAUGUUUUUAAGGAGUUUUACUAAAGGAACAUAUACUUUUUUUAAAAAAAGAGAAGUAUUAAAGGGGAACUUGGUAUGUUAUGCCAAAGACAUGUUUUGAACUCUGGAGAACUUUAUAAAACAGAGCUACACAAAGAUUUGCAAUUGAAAAUUUGAAGAAUGUUGCCAUGAUAGCUUUGGAAACCAAGCUUUGGGGGAAAAGACCACCUAACAAAUAAUAUUGCAUGGAAGAGGUAAAGCGAUCCUGAUUGGAUAUGUUUUCUUCAUAGUGAGAUGUUAUCAAAUAGAGAAGAUUUUUUUAAAAUAAAAAGAACAAUUUAUAUUUGUAUAGGAACUGAGAAUGUGAUAUGCAAGCUUUGUGAACUCUGCACUUGAUCUUUCUGCCACUUGCUUGUAAGAGAAUAUAAGAUGAUUGAUUUCCAUGUUUUUAAGUUACUUUGUGGAUUUGUUGUACCCUUUAGGAGACAUUUAGAUUUUUAACUUUGCUUCUCUAUAAGCUGCAGUUCUAGCACAGGCUUCUCUGUGCAUUCUUGUACUGCCAUUAA